AUGGGGGAGGUAUGGAAGGAAGUAAAAGACGGUCGAUCGAAAGAGGUUGUAGCCCCCUGCCAACACGGUGAGCAGUCGCAGAAACGGCGCGCACCUCCCCUCCCCUGCCCCUCCGCUCCCGUCCUCCACUUUGACUCCAAUUACCUGCCGCGGACGGGCAUUGCAGGGCAAGACGAAGGGACCUCACUGAAAGCACGGCCGUGGUGGCUGGCGCGACAGUGGGUUCCAGUUGCUGGAGGGGUUCGGCUGCUCGUGCAGGUGGCACUGGUGGGGCGGGCGCCCGCUGAUAACCGGCCACUGAACGGCUCCCCCGCACAGGGCAUUGGCGGGCGAUGUGGGGGACUCUGGGGGAGUCUGCAGCGGCGUUCCACCGCCGUGGCCCCAGGGCGCACUCCGAUGACCCCUCCGGUGCUCGCGCCGGGGCGGGCUUUCACGAUUACUGCUCGUUUGGGCAAUGUGCGUAUGGAUGGCCUGGCCCGGGCCCCCGGGGGUUGUUUGAGCGCUGGAAGUGGGCAUCAUCCAAGCUUCGCCGUUUAUCAAAACUGGAGAUGCGCUUGUGCUUGGCCCGCUCUCCCCGACGCCGUCAACGCUCCGGGGUGCGGAGGCCGCGCGCCCCGCCGGCCAUAUUCCCAUCUCUCCGUUGGACCGAGACAUGAGUGCAGAUAUCAGGAACUGGAAACGCCUCGCCUUGGCAUGGAUGCCGUCGCUGUUCGAACGCGUGCUUGUAUUUGGAUGGUGGCAUGCUUGACAGCUUCGUGGCGAGGCGGGUUGGGCAAGCUCACUGAACGCGAAUGCGUAGCGCCAGGUGCUAGCCCCGUAGCCUUGGCUUAUUGCAAUACAUGUGAAAUCAACGAUAGCCCUACAAUAGGAGUUUCUACUUGUCUACUGAAGGUGACACCAGUUCGCAUGCAGUGGCAGCAGCCAUUCACGGAACAUGCAGCAUUCGCCUAUCUCAUCUCUAUCCUCCGCCGGCCGUUGGUCCACGCGGCCGUGUCCGUUGCCCACCCCAGCUGCCCCUUGUCUCCAAGUCCCCCGCUUACACUCUGUCAGUCAUCGUCCCUACACAGCUCUGGUCCAACCUAUUCGAUAUAUAUAUUUCGAGCGCCUGUGCCCUCUAGCUCUUCACAUUCCCAGCUCCAUCCGUUGAACACUGCUCAGGCCUUCUCACCUCGAUAUUCGGCUGCGGCACCCUCUGAGCGCUUUCUCAAAACUACUUCCCAAACAGGCAAGGGCAGGCGCAGCUCCACCCGAUACCGUCGGCCGUCGGCACGGCGAGCGAGCUUUCAGAGGGGGGCUUUGGGCUGCUGCUCCGCCGGCGGCCAAUCACGGAACCCCGGCGCGGGUCCCCCGCAUCCCUGCCGCCUGACGACCGGGAGCCUGUCACUGGCGAGCCUGUCGCGCGCGCGUGCUCGCUGA